AUGGACCCAACGCCGACACAUACGCCCGUCCUCGAUCUCUUCUCGCUCAAAGGCCAGAACGCGCUCAUUACAGGCGCGUCGCGCGGUAUAGGCUACGCAUGCGCGCUGGCGCUCGCACAGGCAGGCGCGAACGUCUGCCUCGUCCUCCGUCCCCCACCCAACGCCUCUGCCCCAGCCCCAGCCCCAGUCUCAACCGCAACUGCAACGCCACCCGCAACACCCAUCACAACCUCCACCUCCACCCCAAGCACAACGACCGCAGGGACAACGGACAUAGUCACAGCCCUCCGCACCGCGUUCCCAUCGCAGCACUUCCCGGUCGUACAUGCGGAUCUUGCGGAUAUUGACGCUGUGAAGCGCGUUGUGCCUGCUGCGCUUGAGGCGUUUGCGCGUAUCGGGGGUGGAGGGGGAGAGCAAGAGGGCGAGGGAGGACAAGGACAAGGGGGAGGGAGAGGGAGAAUCGACGUGUUUGUGAAUUGCGCGGGUAUCCAGCGCCGGGCGCCUGCUGAGGUGUUUGGAGAGGCUGAGUGGGAUGAGGUGGGUGGUUUCUCUCCGUUUUAG